GAAAGAGACACGUUGAAGUACUGUCAAACAGACAUGGCAGCCUCCUGUGAAUAGACUACCUCGCUCCGUGUUUCUAUAUUUCCCCAACAAAAAAAUGACCAUGAUUGUGGAUUCAAAUGGCAUCGAGACAGGAGACUUUCUCCGUGUGAGAGGACCGCUGGAGCUCAAAUGCAUCCUGGAUAGCACGGAUGUGACGCUCGUGCGUAAAGCCAUCUCAAGAACAUUUGAGAACCUACGCUAUCACGUCAACUCGGAAUCCUGCGUCCUUAGAGUCCAGGACAGCCCAGUUAUUAUUUGGCCAAAUAAAGGUGUUCAUGUAACUCCGAGAGAAAUAACCACAAGCACAAUGUGUGAAGAACUACAUAAAUGGAUACAGACAGAUGAACAAGAGAUGGCUGGCAAAAGGUCUGCGAAAAAGAAGGGCAAAAAGAGCUCAGUAGCUAGAGUGAUCAGCCUAAACCUGAUGAUGGAAGUGACAAAGCCAGGUCCCCUCCCUGCACCCAUCCUCUGCAAAACCAUCCAGAAGUCCCACUUCCUGUCUACAACUCUUCCCAUGGAUUGUGUUGUCAACAUCCGCUCCGCUGACACCAUCAAAGAUGCCUUUGAGGGCCUGUUGGAGGCGCUAACGCAUCAACUGCAUGAGAUGGAGCGUGUGAUGCUGUGCCACAUGAAGGGCACCACGCUAUCGGUCCCGGAGCCUUUCCACUUUCUGCUUCCGGAAUCCAGAGGACUGGUGACGGCAGUCUAUCCUGCUGGGGUACCCGACAGCCAGCUCGAGCCCCAGCGUAAGGAGCUGCAUGAGCGCUUUGAGCUACCAGAAGACAGACCCUAUUUUAGAAGAGCCAAUGCUUAUCACUUCCCUAAUGAACUCUACAAAGACGGUUAUCUCCGAAACCCUCACCUGGCUCUCACACAUCCUACCUUGGACGACGGAAAGGUGUACUUGGUGCAUGGGCUGUACAGUUACCACCACUACAUGCAGGACCGCAUGGACGACAACGGCUGGGGCUGCGCUUAUCGCUCCCUGCAGACCAUCUGCUCCUGGUUUCAACAGCAAGGCUACGUUGAGCGGCCCGUGCCCACUCACAAGGAGAUCCAGCAGGCUUUAGUGGAUGUUGGUGACAAACAAGGGUCUUUUGUGGGGUCUCGUCAGUGGAUUGGAUCCUUUGAGGUUCACGCCGUCCUCAACCAACUCCUCGGGGUCACGUCCAAGAUUUCGUUUGUGAGUCAGGGUUCUGAAAUGGCCUCCAAAGGCAGAGAGCUGGCCAACCACUUCCUCUCAGAGGGCACUCCCGUGAUGAUUGGUGGAGGGGUUUUAGCUCACACCAUUCUGGGUGUUGCCUGGAGCGAGACCAGCGGGCAGAUUCGCUUCCUCAUCCUGGACCCUCAUUACACAGGCGCAGAGGACUUGCAGGUCAUCACAGACAAGGGUUGGUGUGGCUGGAAAGGACCUGAGUUCUGGGAUCAAACCGCGUAUUAUAAUAUGUGUCUCCCCCAGAGGCCAAAAGCAAUCUGAUGUACAAGCCAUGAUGAUGCAAAAGCCAAAUUCAGUCAAAUCAGGUUCUGAUUUUCUAUGUAUGUAAACUCAUGAUUGUUAUUGUGGCCGCUCUGGCUCACAAUAGUUUCACCAAACUAGGACUAAACAAGGCAUCAAAACCAGUGAAUUCUUCAUCAGAAUUAUACAUCCGGCUGGGUACUGUACACACGCAGUUGUACAUGAGUGCAGAGCUGUCUGUAAAAACUGCAAAUUUUGAGGAUAUUUGAAAUGCUGUUAAAGUGUUAAAGGAUCAUAGUUUGUAGUUUAUUUAUGGUUCAAACGAUCAUUAGAGGCGAUAAUCACUUUCAGGGGAACGUCAAUUAUUCAGAUUACUUUUCGCAGUCAGGCUCAGUCCUUUACCCCCUACAAAUAGCCUCUGGGUCCACUUUACAGUAUUUUAUUCAGUAUUUUAGUUAGAUACAGUGCCAAUAAUAUCUGAAACAUCUAUUUGAAUUAUAAAUCCAGCAUACACACUCACACACACAAUGUAAUUUUAUUGGAUUAAAUUAGAUUGUGCAACUGUUGUGGCUGGUAAGUAGACAUAGUUGAUCUGUCUAAUUAAAUCAGUCCAUCAAAUUA